GAGAGAGAGAGGGCUGAGAGAGAAGGGAAAAGGGACGGUGUGAUUUCAGCGUUUUUCUCCAAAGACAUGUGAAAUAUAACUAACCCUUCGCGGAUGUGUGCUAGCGAAUAACACAUUAUUUCCCUGAAUUUUUUAUUUUCUUUGUUUUUACCCUCGUGCAUGAGUGGUUAAUUAAAAUAAUGGAUUUCUUGAAUUUCUCCGGGGUGGUGGACGAGCGGAAUAGCACAUACACCAACUCCUCGGCUACCGGGGACAGUGAGUACUCUCUCCUCUCCAUAACCGGACUGACGGUAGUCGUGGGCUUUCUCAUCCUGUUUACCAUUGUGGGCAACGUGCUGGUGGUCAUCGCGGUGUUGACCAGCCGCGCUCUCAAACCGCCUCAGAACCUCUUUCUGGUGUCCCUGGCCAGCGCGGACAUCCUAGUGGCUACUCUCGUCAUGCCUUUCUCUUUAGCUAACGAACUCAUGGGCUACUGGUUCUUCGGGAAAGUUUGGUGCGACAUCUACUUGGCGUUGGACGUCCUCUUUUGCACGUCGUCUAUAGUUCACCUGUGCGCUAUCAGUCUCGAUCGUUACUGGUCGAUCACCCAGGCGAUAGAAUACAACCAGAAGCGGACUCCUACACGGCUAAACGGGAUGAUCGUGGUGGUCUGGCUGAUCUCGGCCGUUAUUUCCUUUCCGCCGUUGAUCUCCAUGGACAGGAGCAGCGGAGGGGAGAUCAGUCCUCAGUGUCGGCUGAACGAUGAGACCUGGUAUAUUCUCUACUCCAGCAUAGGAUCCUUCUUCGCUCCCUGCGUUAUCAUGAUACUAGUGUACAUCAGGAUCUACCAGGUUGCUAAGACGCGGACGAGGACCAUGUCGGAGAAGAAGAGAGAGGUGGAGGACAACGGAACUGCCCCGUUACACUUUAACGGGUUAGGGCAGGGGGGCGAGGAGGAGGGGUGCGGAGGAUCUCUGAAGGAAAACGGUAGCGGUGGAGGAUUUGCCCGGGAGAACGGGCACUGCCAGAGCCAGCAGAAGACGCCGGUGCCACAGGGGAUGUUACCCAACGAACCCAAAUUAACCCCCGACCCCGACGAUGGAGACGACUUUGACGACAGCAGCUCGUCGGACGAAAAACCCACAUCCGCCAAAAAACAUUCCCAUUCCUCUUCCUCUUCCCAUCAGCAUCACCACCACCACCACCACCACCAUGACGACAAGAAGGAUUCCAAACCUUCAGAGAGAAGGAAGUCUACAGGAAGCAGGAAGAGCAGCUUGGCUUCGUCCAAACGCUCAGAGAGCAAGAAGUCGCGUGCCAGCUCUAAGUCCAUCGAGCUGUUUUCGUCCCGUAGGAAACGGCGGAGCACCGUCAACAGGAAGAAAAUAACAGCGGCGAGGGAGAAGAGGUUUACCUUCGUCUUGGCGGUGGUGAUGGGAGUCUUCGUGAUCUGCUGGUUCCCCUUCUUCUUCAGCUACAGCCUGUAUGGAGUGUGCCGGGCGCCGUGUGAGAUCCCCAGUCUCUUUUUUAAGUUCUUCUUCUGGAUAGGCUACGUCAACAGCUCCCUCAACCCCGUCAUCUACACCAUCUUCAACCAGGACUUCAGACGAGCAUUCCAGAAGAUUCUAGUCUGCAAGUCAGGGAAGAGGUCUUUCUGAAAAGACAGGGAUGUGGGCCUAUAUAUGAACAUGGAUGAACCUACAGUAU